GUAGCCGCGGUAUGAACCUGGAGGUCAUUUCAUUCAUGGUUUCCUCCCACUUCAGAUGGCAACCGAGACAAAACAUUGUAAACCUGCCGCCCAUGGAAGCCAUCAAAAAACUCCAUUCCCACCUCAUCGUCACAGGAUUGUACAAGCACUCAUCGUCCCCUAUUUUCAGGGUCCUCAUCUCCUAUGCUCUCUCCCCGCCUCACUUGACCCACGCCCGUCGUGUCUUUGAACAAGUACAAGAACCCAACACUUUCCUCUGGAACACCAUGAUCCGAGGAUUCGCCCGUAGUGAAGCGCCCGAUGAUGCCAUCCUUUUCUACAACCUAAUGCGAGCACAAGGCGUCCCGCAAGAUCACAUGUCCUUCCCUUUUGCACUAAAGGCCUGCGCACGGAUCUCAGCUGUAAGAGAAGGAAGCACGGUGCACGCACAUUGUCUCAAACUCGGGUUUCUGUCGGAUGUUUUCGUUUCCAAUUCGUUAGUUCAUCUUUACUCGGUGUGCGGGGAUAUUAGUCGCGCAAGUUUGGUGUUUGAGGAAAUGCCUGCGCGAGAUUUGGUUUCCUGGAACUCAUUGAUCUGUGGGUGCAGCCAACACGGCCGCUUGAGGGACGCAUUGGGUCUUUUUGAAGCGAUGCAGGCGGAAGGUAUCAAGGCCGAUAAGGUGACCAUGGUCAACGUCAUUUCUGCUUGCACUCACUUGGGAGAGUGGGACUUGGCUGAAUCCAUGGUCAAGUAUAUAGAAGAGAACAGUGUAGAGGUGGAUGUUUACCUGGGAAAUACUUUAAUUGACUAUUACGGUAGGCAAGGUUUAGUAAAUUCUGCUGAAAGGAUAUUUAAUGCGAUGAGAGAGCAGAAUAUGAUGACUUUAAAUUCUAUGAUUACAACUUAUGCUAAGGCUGGGGAUUUAGUUUCCGCUAGAAGAAUCUUUGAUAGCAUGCCUGAGAGGGAUUUGAUAUCUUGGGGUUCGAUAAUCACAGGGUGCUUCCAAGCAAACCAUUUCUCAGAAGCUUUGGCACUAUUUCAGCAGAUGCAGGAGGCAGAGGUUGAACCAAGUGAAAUUGUUAUUGUCAGUGUGCUGUCAGCUUGUGCCCAUCUUGGUGCACUCAACCUAGGUAAGUGGAUCCACAACUACAUUCGAAAGAAGAAAAUCAGGGCGGACAUCUAUGUCGGAAACUCUCUGAUUGAUAUGUACUCAAAAUGUGGAUGUAUAAUGGAUGCAUUCGAAGUCUUCAUGGAGAUGAAAGAGAAGGAUACGUUGUCAUGGAAUGUCAUUGUGUUUGGACUUGCUGCUAAUGGUUAUGUUAAUAGUGCUCUAGAAGUAUUUACUGAUAUGUUGAGAGAAGGAUUCCGGCCUGACGAUGUCACUUUCCUUGGCGUCUUGAAUGCUUGUGCUCGCAGUGGAUUGGUUGACAAGGGGCUCAAAUAUUUUGCCAGCAUGAAGGAAGUUUAUGGGUUGGAGCCACAGAUGAAGCACUAUGGCUGUGUCGUUGAUCUUCUUAGUCGUUCCGGUGAGUUGGAUAAGGCUUACAAUUUCAUCAAGGAGAUGCCAAUGACCCCAGAUCUAAUCAUAUGGAGGACACUGCUUCGAGCCUGCCACACACAUGGCAGUGUGGAUUUGGCCGAGAUAGCCACAGAGAAGCUUAAUGAAUUGGAUCCUAGUAACAAUGGCAACUACAUGCUUUUGUCCGACACCUAUGCCAGUGGAAAUAGAUGGAAUGACUCCAUGAAAGUUAGAGAAACAAUGGAGUAUACCGAUGUGCAGAAAAUACCUGGUUGUAGCUCGAUCGAAGUUACAAACUUGACAGAUGAGUUAACGGCUGCUGAAAUGCCACUUAUGGUGAAUAAACAAGGUGUUCCUAUCUGAUUCUGUUAACUGCAUAAUCUGGAUAACAAGUGACCAGAUUUUAUUUGUCAUGGCACUUGCUCUAAUCGAUUAUUACCAAGUUGACCAGGCUCAUGAUUCAAGGAUUAGAGAUGUCAUUCAGAUACCAAUGGAGGUGUUUCCAAACUGUGAGAUGCAAGACACCAUAUAUUGGUUACACGCUAAAUUGUUUUCGCCUGCCAUGAUAAUGCGAUAAAAUUCUUUGGCACCUUGGAGAAGCAACUUACAUGUGUAUCCAGCAAACAAUCCGCAGUAUAUAUUCAAAUGUCUUUACAGGUUGCACAGCUCGGCUAUGAGUGGAACAGUAAUGUAAAAAGUAACCCAACUUUUUCGCUUAGAAGAGCUAGUGCUGCUGUUUGUUAGAUGAAGCAGCACUAAAUUUUGGUGACUCUGUACCCUGUAGUAUCCAAAAUUCCUGUGGCAGAUUGGACUAAUAUACAUGUGGAACCAACAAAAUGAUGGCUUAAUAAGUUUUCAGAUUCUUUGUGACAGCCGAAAUGAAUCAGUUUGGUGAUCUGGAAGUAAAUCCUAACUGGUUUUUUUCGUCGGUCAGGGGGAGAACCUUAGGACUGGCUGAUGCAGUUGUGAACCAAACUAAGAUUUCCAAGGUUUUGUUUGCAUUGAAAAAAGAAUAAACAUAACCUACUUUUCCCCAGAAUAUGGAAGACUUAAGUAUGAUUCUUUCAGCUGCAACUGAUAGUGAUGAAUUUAUUGAUACUGUUUCUGGGAAGUUGGCUAAUGUAUGUUGCAAUUAUGUCUAUUAACUAAAAUACAAUCGUA